AUGAACUUCGGCUAUUAUCUGAAUGUAUACACUGUCUAUGCCCUUCUCGGGGCAAUCUUGGUUCGCCUCCUCACCAACCGGUAUAAACGAGGGCUUCGAGAUAUCCCUGGACCAGCAUUGGCCAGAUACUCUCGUCUAUGGAAGUUAUACAGUGUAUGGAAGGGUGAUCAUCACCAUGUUGAAAUCAAUCUACAUCGCAAGCACGGGUCCCUGGUGCGCAUCGGCCCGAAUCACAUCUCUGUCAGCGAUCCUGCGGCGAUUCCAACCAUUUACGGGCUUAAUAAAGGAUUCACCAAGGCAUGUUUAGCUGAUAUGCUACUUAAGAGAGGAAUAGAUCCUUCCAACACCUACCACCGCGCCCAGAGACGCAACGUCGCAAGUGGAUAUAGCCUGUCCUCUCUGCUCGAGAGUGAAUCCGCCAUCGACUCCUGUACCGCCCUCUUCGUGUCCCAGAUGUCCAAAUUCGCAGACCAGAAGACCCCAGUCAACCUGGGCAACUGGUUACAGUAUUAUGCCUUCGACGUGGUCGGCGAGGUAACCUUCUCCAAAAAGCUGGGUUUCCUCGAAGAAGGCCGUGACGUCGACAACAUCAUGGAAGCUAUUCAUGGUAAUCUAGUUUAUGCCAGUCUUUGUGGCCAGAUUCCGGAACUGCAUAAUCUCCUGGUUGGGAACCCGCUGAUUCCAUUCCUGUUGCCCAGUCUGGAGAGCUGGAAUCAAGUGUUGCAAUUUACACUCAAGGCCAUCAACCCGCAAGCCCCACUCAAAGAGAAUGGGGAGAUACAAGACAAAGUGACAGGGAAAGACAUGAUGUCGCGCUGGAUGGCGGCUCACCUAGCGGAUCCGGAGAGAUUCUCGACGAGAGAUGCCAUCGUCCAUCUGUCAGCAAACGUCUUCGCUGGCUCUGACACUACUGCCAUAGCCUUGCGAGCCAUUGUGUAUCUUCUCAUGCGCAACCCUGCUACAAUGGCAAAGGUCGUGGCAGAGCUUGACAAUGCAAUCAGCGAGAAAAAGGUCGGAAAUCCUGUUUCCUACCGCGAGUCCACGACUCACCUUCCAUACCUGGGUGCUGUCAUCAAGGAAGCUCUCCGAAUUCAUCCCUCCGUCGGUCUGAUUUUGGAACGUGAAGUGCCCGAGGGUGGUGCCAUGAUCUGCGGGAAGCAGAUACCUGCUGGUACUACCGUCGGGAUCAAUGCGUGGGUGGUGAAUCGGAGCGAGGAGAUUUUCCCCGACCCAGAUGAGUUUUUGCCAGAGCGGUGGUUGGAUAGCUCGCCUGAGAAACUGAAGGCGAUGGAACAAAGUAUCUUGACCUUUGGGGCUGGGUCUCGGAGCUGCAUUGGGAAGCAUAUCUCGUUCAUGGAGAUGUAUAAAGUGAUACCACAGCUUUUGCGAGAGUUUGAGAUCGAACUACAUGACUCGAAGGAAUGGAAGACACGGAACAUCUGGUUCGUGCAGCAAGGCGAGAUGAUAUGCGAUUUCGUGAGAAGGAAGUAG